UUCUAUCAAGUCUUCGAGUAUUCAUCAAGUAUCCUUCAAAUCUUCAAGAUCUUCAAGGCAACAUUCAAGUAUCCUUCGAAUCUUCAAGUAUUUGAGAAUUCAAAUCUUCAAGUAUCAUUCGAAUCUUCAAGUAUUUGAGAAUUCAAAUCUUCAAGUAUCAUUCGAAUCUUCAAGUAUUUGAGCGUUCAAAUCUUCAAGUAUCCUUCAAACUCUUCAAGUAUUCCUGCAAAUCUCUGAAGUGAUCUUCAAGUAUCCAAAGAAAUCAAGUUCGAAAGCUUCAAGGCGUUCUUACAAAUUCUAAGGACGUUCUUCAAAUCAAAUCAAAUCAAGUUCAACGUUCAAUCCAAAAUCAUGACUUAAGUCCCUUGGAUUGGUGUCAUCAAAUCAAGUAUUUCAAGAACCUUCGAUUUUGUUCAAGAAUCAAAUGGAAGAGAAGAAUCAGAGGAUUAACUAGAGAUUGCAACCCGCAUAAAUCUAUCUUCAAAUCUAUCAAAUUAUCUUUGUAACACUUUUGUAUUUUAUCAAAUUGAAAUACAAAAAAUUUGUGUUUACAAAUUUUGGCACGCCCGGUGGGACAUCUCUACCUCUCAUCUCUACUCUUCACCAAAAAUCUUGAACAAUGUCCAUUCAACCAAAUGCAACUGCUCCAGCUUCAUCUAAAGGUUCUUCGGAAAGCAUCGGUGUGAUCACGCGAAGCAAAGCAAAAUUGAUGCAAGAGGUGUCCAAGACGACCUCCCGUCUUCCAUCUAUCCAUGAAGAAGAUGACAACUUUGAGAGAAGCUUCACAUUCCCCACUGAAAAUUAUCAACUCCAUGCAAGUGUCAUGAUGACAAACACUUCCACCAUGGAGGAACAACUCUUGAACUUGACAAAGAUGGUUGAAUCUCUAACCAAGCACAUCCAAGAGCAAGAUGCCCAGAUUGCAAAGCUUAAAGGAGAAAAAGGAGAUUCAAGCCACGCCAACAACGAUAGGGAAGGCGAAGAAAGCGAAGAAGAUGGUGAGAAUAACGAUGAAGAAAUCUCCAAAGACAAAUCAAAGAGUGAUGGAAAAAAGCCUUCAGGAAAAGACAUUCUCUUCUCGUCUGGUGGCCUCAUUCCCAUUGACCAACUCAAAGAGUUCAUCGAAGCAACAAUGAAGAAUAACUCCGAUGGAAGCUCCAAGUCAUCGUUAACUUACUCCAAGCCAUAUACUCGGCGAAUUGACAGUAUGAGGAUGCCUCUUGGCUAUCAACCACCAAAAUUUCAACAGUUCGAUGGCAAAGGAAAUCCAAGACAACAUGUGGCUCAUUUCAUUGAAACAUGCAACAACGCUGGUACUUAUGGAGAUCAUUUGGUCAAACAGUUUGUUCGCUCAUUGAAAGGUAAUGCCUUUGAUUGGUACACCGACUUAGAAUCAAACUCAAUUGAUAGUUGGGAACAGCUGGAGCAUGAGUUCCUCAACCGCUUCUAUAGCACUAGAAGAACUGUCAGCAUGGUGGAGCUCACAAGUUCACGUCAAUUCAAAGAAGAGCCAGUCAUUGACUACAUCAACCGAUGGAGAAACCUUUGUCUCAACUGCAAGGAUCGAUUGUCUGAAUCAUCUGCCAUCGAAAUGUGUAUUCAAGGGAUGCAUUGGGGCUUGCAAUAUAUUCUGCGAGGAAUCCAGCCAAGAACAUUCGAGGAACUAGCCACUAGAGCUCAUGAUAUGGAGUUGAGCAUGAUGGCAAGAGGGAUCGAAGGACCACCAAUCCAGGAGUCUAGCAAAUUCAAGCCAGAGUUCAAGAAAGGAGGAAAACCAUAUGACAAAGCACCAAAGAAGGAAUCUAUGGCAGUGAAAGCAACUUCUGUGAAAUUUCUAAAGAAAGAAGUUAAUCAGGAAGACAACCAGAAUGCUCCACGAGAUAAUCAGAACUCUUCCCGAGACAUGGGGCAAAGAAGACUUACCUUGAAAGAAAUGCAACAAAAGCAAUACCCUUUCUUAGACUCUGAUGUUUCAGGAAUUUUUGAUGACCUGCUCAAAGAAAAGCUUAUCGAGUUGCCAGAAAUGAAGCGACCAAAUGAAGCAGGGAGGACAGACGAUCCAAAUUAUUGCAAAUACCAUCGUCUGGUUGGGCACCCCAUACAUGAUUGCUUCAUCUUCAAAGACAGGGUCAUGCGGUUAGCUCGAGAAGGGAAAAUAUCUCUUGAAGAAGACGCUAAUACUGUAAAUAUGGUCUCCACCGACUUGAAUGACAUAAUAGAAGGUAUUGGAACCCUGUAUGAUACAUCUAACCAAGUAGAUGAAGAACCUGAAAUAAACAUGGAAGAAGGCGAUGAUGCAUUGGCAAUCACAUUCUCCAAUGAAGACUUGCAACUUGGAUUCGAACCUCAUAACAGGCCAUUGUUCGUGAGUUGUUAUACACAGGAACAAAAGGUCAAUCGAAUUCUCAUCGAUGGAGGCUCGGCAGUCAAUAUCUUGCCACUAAGGACUUUGAAGCAAUUGGGAAUCCAAGCAGAAGAGCUGUCAAACAGUCGAUUGAUGAUUCAAGGUUUCAACCAUGAAGGACAAAGAGCUCUUGGAACUAUAAGGCUGCGAUUGCAGAUGCAGGACAUGGAGUCCACAGCGUUGCUUCAUGUGAUUGAUGCAAGGACAUCCUACACCAUGCUUCUGGGUCGACCAUGGCUUCACGAAAAUGGUGUCAUUCCUUCUACAUUGCAUCAAUGCUUCAAAUACUAUCAAAAUGGCACCGUAAGAAAAGUGGUUGGUGAUCACAAACCUUUCACAGAAGCAGAGUCACAUUUCGCCGAUGCUCAAUUCUAUUUGGGAAGAACUAAAGCAACAAUGGUGGAAAGGGAUGUACCACAGGAGGAGUCAGGAUCCCGCCAAGAGAAAGAAUCUCACCCAAAGAUGGAAGGUUUCACCAUCCCUUUGACUAAGAUUGAUGCCAAAAAGCCCAUUCCUCAGUCACUCAAAGAUUUUGACCGACCAAAGCAAAGUGGCGCCACAGAACAUGGAGAUCUCUCAGACAAAGAACUCUCAAAACACUUUGGUCCGAAGGCAUACAAACUCCUUGUGAAUGCUGGAUACAAUCCCCAAGAAAGCUCCACGUCAAAGUCUUAUGUGAGAAAAACUGCUAAUACAAGCCAAAAUCCCAAGGCAGGCUUGGGAUACAUGGUGCAAAGCCCCAUUCGUAUUGCCAUCAAGAGAGCCACUGCUAACUAUGCUAGCACCAAGCAAAUCCCGAAAUCUUCAAGCAAUCCGAGAACCCAAAGGGUUUCUGUUUUCAAAAGAUUGGAUGAAAGAAAAGCUCAACGAAUAUCUGUCUUUAAAAGGCUUGGCAAAGGCAAGUCAUGGAAAAAGGACGUGACAAAAGGGGCCAAUGAAUUGGACAUAACAGAAAAGCUAAGGAGCUCGAUUCCUUCUCGUAUGAAGAGGUGUACCACUUUGCUCAUAUCAUGUGGAAAAGAAUUGAAGGCCAAAAUGAAGACAAUCAUCUUUACACGGGAUGCCGAAGACGAUGAAGAUAGAGAGAGUGUGGCUUCAUCUUACUACACUACUAAUAGUGCUAGUAAUCCAGUUCCUCUUCCUCAUACUACUCAAGGUCAAGUGCGUCGCGAAGAUGUUGUUACAUCAAACCAUAUCACCUCAUGUGAAGAAGUGGUUGUCGAAGAAGAAGACGCUGAAAUAGCUCCUCAACAGUUUGAAGAAGGAGUUAAGGCUACUGUUGAUGAAUUGAGAGAAAUUAAUUUGGGCACUGUUGAAGAUCCACGACCCACUUACAUCAGUGCGUUGCUGACCGUUGAUGAGGAAUACUCAUAUAUCGAAUUGCUCAAAGAAUUCAAAGACAUCUUUGCAUGGUCUUAUAAGGAAAUGCCGGGGUUGAGCUCCAAGAUAGCUGUUCAUCAUUUAGCUGUUAGAAAGGAUGCACGACCAGUCAAGCAGGCCCAGCGCCGAUUCCGACCAGAAUUAGUUCCUCUAAUUGAAGCUGAAGUGAACAAACUCAUCAAUGUGGGUUUUAUUAGAGAAGUCAAAUACCCAACAUGGAUUUCAAGCAUUGUUCCAGUAAGAAAGAAAAAUGGACAAAUUCGUGUAUGUGUUGACUUCAGGGACUUGAAUGAAGCAUGCCCCAAGGAUGACUUUCCAUUGCCAAUUGCCGAAUUGAUGAUCGAUGCCACAACUGGGCAUGAAGCAUUAACCUUCAUGGAUGGAUCUUCCGGUUACAAUCAAAUUCGCAUGUCACCAAAUGAGGAAGAGUUAACAGCAUUUCGAACCCCGAAAGGAAUCUAUUGCUACAAAGUGAUGCCAUUUGGGUUGAAGAACGCUGGUGCCACCUACCAAAGAGCCAUGCAGAAGAUAUUUGAUGAUAUACUUCAUAAGAAUGUUGAGUGUUACGUGGAUGAUUUGGUGGUUAAGUCCAAAAAACGAAACAAUCACCUACAAGAUCUACGAAUGGUUUUUGAGCGAUUGAGAAAACAUCAGUUGAAGAUGAAUCCACUAAAAUGCGCAUUUGGUGUCAAGUCUGGCAAAUUUCUUGGGUUCAUCGUUCGCCAUCAAGGGAUAGAAAUUGAACAAGCAAAGAUUGAUGCCAUACUAAAGAUGCCCGAACCUCGAAAUAUCCAUGACCUGAAAAGUUUGCAAGGGAAGUUAGCAUACUUACGAAGGUUUAUUUCAAAUUUAGCUGGAAGGUGUCAACCAUUUAGCCGAAUUAUGAAGAAGGGUAUACCAUUCGAGUGGGAUGAGUCAUGUAGAAAUGCUUUCAAGAAUAUCAAAUCUUACUUGAUGCAGCCUCCUGUAUUAGCAGCACCUGUGCCAGGACGCCCCUUGAUUUUGUAUAUUGCUGCUCAAGAACGAUCCAUGGGAGCUCUGCUUGCGCAAGAAAAUGAAGGUGGAAAAGAGAAUGCAUUAUACUACUUGAGCAGAACAAUGACACCAAAUGAGUUGAAAUAUGCUCCAAUUGAGAAGCUGUGUUUGGCAUUGAUUUUCUCCAUCCAAAAGCUUAAGCAUUAUUUCCAAGCUCACACUGUCCGCCUUAUAUCCAAGGCAAACCCUUUAAAGUUUGUGAUGUCAAGACCUGUUUUAUCUGACAGGCUUGCACGUUGGUACCUCCAACUGCAACAAUUUGAGAUUGUGUAUGUUCCUCAAAAGGCUGUGAAGGGACAAGUGUUGGCAGACUUCUUAGCAGACCACCCAAUUCCUGCUGAAUGGGAGCUAAGUGAUGACCUCCCGGAUGAAGAUGCACUUGUAAUCGAUGUCGCCCUACCAUGGUGGAUGUUUUUCGAUGGAGCAUCUCAUAAAGAAGGUGCUGGUGCCGGGAUCGUGUUCGUGACACCAGAACGUCAAGUGCUGCCAUUUUCCUUCACUCUAACUGAGAAUUGCUCUAACAAUGUAGCAGAAUAUCAAGCUCUGAUCCUCGGUUUGGAAAUGGCGUUGAAUAUGCAGCAAUCUCACCUCAAAGUAUAUGGUGAUUCUAAAUUGGUGGUUAAUCAAAUACUUGGACUGUAUGAAGUGAAGAAACCUGAAUUAUUGCCAUACGUCAAGUAUGCUCGCAAGAUCAUUGAGUGGCUUGGAGAUGUGGAAAUCGAACAUGUUCCAAGAAGUGAAAAUAAGCAAGCAGAUGCCUUGGCUAAACUCGCAUCUACCAUAGCUAUGAUCAGUGGCGAAAUUCAAAUUCCAGUGUGUGAAAGAUGGGUUAUACCACCUAUUUUUGAAGAAGAGAAAUGCGAAGAAAUUGAAAGUCAUCUUGUUGAGGUCUUCGAAAUUGAGGAAGAAGAUUGGCGCCAAUUGUUGGUUGAUUAUUUGAAGUAUGAUAAAUUACCAAAUGAUCCACGUCGAAGGGUUGACAUCCGACGGCGCGCCACUCGCUUCAUUUUCUUCAAAGGGACGCUUUAUAGGAGGUCUUUUGAUGGAGUAUUUCUCAGGUGCCUAAGUAGUGAAGAAGCUGCUAAAGCCAUGGAAGAGGCGCAUUCCGGCAUUUGCGGUGCUCAUCAGUCAGGUCCAAAGCUGCACUUUCGAAUCAAGAGGAUGGGCUACUACUGGCCAACUAUGGUGAAAGAUUGUUUGGAUUAUGCGCAAAGAUGUCAAGCCUGCCAAUUUCAUGCAAACCUCAUCCAUCAGCCGCCCGAACCACUACACCCCACGGUUGCGUCCUGGCCUUUUGAUGCCUGGGGCAUGGAUGUUGUUGGUCCAUUGACAAAAUCAUCAGGGGGGCAUUUAUACAUUUUGGCAGCGACCGAUUACUUCUCCAAGUGGGCUGAGGCGAUACCAUUAAGAGAAGUGAAGAAAGAGACCGUUGCUGAGUUUAUCAAGACCAACAUCAUCUAUCGCUAUGGAGUUCCUCGCUACAUCAUAACUGAUAAUGGAACACCUUUCAGCAACACGGUGAUAAACAAGCUUUGUGAAAAAUUCGGCUUCAAGCAACGGAAGUCAUCGAUGUAUAAUGCACCGGCAAAUGGGUUGGCUGAGGCAUUCAACAAGACUUUGUGCAAUCUGUUGAAGAAAAUUGUUUCAAAAUCAAAGCGUGACUGGCAUGAACGUAUUGGGGAAGCAUUGUGGGCAUAUCGAACCACCUAUAGAACUCCUACGCAGGCAACGCCUUACUCUUUGGUAUAUGGGGUUGAAGCUGUCAUUCCUCUCGAGCAACAAAUUCCCUCUUUGAGAAUGGCCAUUCAGGAAGGGCUAACUGAAGAAGAAAAUGCACGUCUGCGUCUGGAGGAACUCGAAGCUCUAGAUGAGAAAAGGCUGGAAGCUCAGCAAAAGUUAGAAUGCUACCAAGCUCGCCUCUCAAAGUCUUUCAACAAGACGGUGCGAGUGCGUUCUUUUCAAGUUGGAGAUUUGGUCCUCGCUGUGAGGAGACCAAUCGUUGUCACUCAUCGUGUUGGAAACAAAUUCAUAUCAAGGUGGGAUGGCCCAUAUGUUGUCAAGGAAGUCUACACAAACGGAGCAUACAGGCUUCUUUCUGAUGACAACGUCAGAGUUGGGCCUAUCAAUGGCAAGUUCCUGAAACGUUACUAUCCUUGAAAGGUGGUAGAAGUUGAAGCAUGUACAUAUGUAUAUAGUUUAAUGCAAAAAAAAAAAAAAAAAAAAAAAGCCAAAAAGAGGAGUCAGAUAAAAAAAAAAAAAAAAAAAAAAAACCAGAAAUGGAGAAAAGCAAACAAAAUGGAGUGUAUGAAGCCAGCUCCUUGACGCACGAGCCUAAACUGCAUGUUACUCCUGGCCCGCAUGAGUAUAAACUGUGCACGGCACCCAAUCUCAAACACUUG